AUGGAUCCCCAAAUAUGCUUAAAAGUAGUUAUAGCUAUUAUGAAUAAUUACUUUGAAGUUACAGUAUUUUGGUCUGAUUGCGAAGAUUUACUAAUACAUAGUAUCAUUGCUCAAAGAAUACCUUUGAUCCCAAAGAUUACCAUUAAUAUCACAACUAUCACAAAGAGCUCCUAAAUGUCCUUCAAGGCAUAUUGA